UGUUGAAAAAAACAUCUAAUGUGUUGCAGAAUGAGGAUUUAGUAAGGACAGCUAGAUUCAAUAUUAGUAAUGAAUCAAUUAAUAUUGAUAGUGCUAAUGGUACUGAAGAACAAGACCAAAUAAUGCAUGAACAUAUUCAAGAUGUUCAAAGAAUGAAUGUCAAUAUAGUUAAUGAGAAUGUGGAGCAGUCAAUUCAAG